ACGAUGGCUGAAAUAGGAGAUGCCCCUUCACGGCCCCUCGUGCGAAAAGCGAAAGCGAAGCAGCUCCGGGCCGGUGACAGCGGAAAAAGGCCAGAUUGCGCGUGGAUCCCAUCGUCGCGGUGUGGAGCGGACGAAUCGCCGAAGGCAUGCGGUCGCCGCUUAUGGGACUGUUGCUAGCACUGCUUGCGACAACACUAGAUCCAACCCAUUCUCAACAGCCACUGACCACCCAGCGCCCACAUCUGUGCACCGAGAGUGAGCUGCAGGAGGCAAGGACUCUGCUGCGUAAUGCCGUAGCUAGGGUGGGCACCACCCUACCCGACAGAAUUCCUGUGCCCGGUGCUUCUUCCUCCGGGUACACCCUGUACAACGGCACCCUAUCGCCUCUGCUUCUUACCGAUGUCAACGUGACUGCGCAGCAAGCCGUGUGUAGGGAAGACGUACGGCACUUCCCAUUCGUCAUAGGAGUGGGCACGGAUGCAACUAUGAGAGGUAUUUACCAUUACCACUGCGCGGGCAACAACGUGACAACUCCUGAAGGUCGUGGCCUAGUGACUGUGACAUUUUCCGGUGUCUCUUUCAACGGCAAGCUAACCCAGGAGCUGUUAGGUGGAGACGGAAGUGGCAACGUCGGCGGUAGUUCCUCCUUCCCACAGCCAGUGUGGAGCGUCGGGGUGACCCUGGGAGCGUACCCCUCGUUCUCGGGCAUAGCCACGAGCCCGCAAAACUCUCAAGUGAGCGGAGUGCCCUACUUCGAAAUGAUGCAGGCUGCCGACCGCAGCUUCGUUCCGGUGUUCGCCAAGCUGCCGGAAACGCACGUGCUGCCAGCCCUCAAGGAGGCCCUUGGAGCUCAGUAGCUGCCCCGAACGUGUGCGACGCAUCCAACAAACUUUGGUGCUUGGAGUUCGUCUAUAAGUACUGCCAUUGUCACAGUUUGAUAACUAUUCCAUCGCCACAACGCCGCUCGAGCACUUGAUGUUUAUUUCUCGAUAAAGAAAGAAGACAACUUGGAAAUAUAGUCGGUGCAGUUCUCGUUAAAAAAAAUAUUCUGCUGUUGUUCACAGAACACGCACUGACAAAUAAUAGAAACGAAUGCUGCCAAAUAAACACAGUUAGUGCUCUGCGCAGCGUACUUGUAAGGCUGGUUGGUUGUCGCGUUAGUUGCCCAUCUUAGUGCUGGGUAACGUUUUGCCUCCUGUUUGCUUUGUUCCAAGUGAUAAAUGCAAUAGGUGAAAAGGGAAAAAAAAGCAGUCGUGUUUAUAUAGACGCUACUGCACGAAAUUUUGGAGCUUAUGUCAUGCGUUGCACGUUAAAUCAUGAACUUACAACAGCAAGUUGGCAAAAUUUGACCGUGUUCAGUGCAGUAGAAAAUUGGAAUUUGAACUUUUCUAACGCCUUUUAUCAGUACAGCAGUAUACUAACAGUAAGUUGCAACAAAGUGAAAUAGACCAGCGUAAUCUGUUGUACUCGGAGUAGCGAAAGAGAAUCUCCAAGCUCACACUUUUCUGGACAGCACGCACCUGAAGUGAUUGCAAAAUCUGCAAACGCAUCAAGGCUGCAAUGCGUCGUUUCGUUUUCAAAUGUCUGUUUCAGAAGUUUUCUACUGCUUUAUUUUAGUGAGUGAAGGAAUUGCGGGCACAAUUCAACGGCGACGCCCUUCCUCUGCCAUUGGAUGCCAUAGCAUGCGUAGUUGGUGGAAGAACCGACAGAGGGUGGCCCCACAAUUGCAGAAGUAAGACAAUCCACGUCAAAAUCGCAGUCGCUGUAGGUUGGACGGGCUUUGAGGCCGCGAUUUAAAAUAACAAUUCUGCGUUAUAGGGUGCCCUGAAAAUCCAGUUUUUUUAGACGCAAUUUGAUCCAUAUACUCUCAGUAACAAUGAUAAGCUCAUAAUCGAUGGACAAGUGUAUCGUGGUUGGUUUAAGAGAAAAAUCGCCAUUAAUAAAUUAGCAUUGAGCAGCCCUGCAUUGUGCAGAAUGGGCCAGUAUCAGAAACUCUUGCAGGAAUGGGCCAGUAUCAGAAACUAUGCAGCAGGAAUCACAGCUUGGGCUUAAAUAUAACGUAGUUACUGUUCAAUGAACCACAAAAAAAAGCGGAAAUGUUCAGAGAAACUCCCGAUCAGAUUCAUAGCGCGGACAUUACUCACGCACUACCUAACAUUGAAUGUUAUGUUUUAGAAUAUGUACGUUUCCUAUGAAUUCAAACAAUGAAGUCACGGUGUGCUCAAAAGCAUGAAGAUUCAAGCUUCAUUAUAUCCGAAAUUAAAAGUUAUUUAUUAGGCGCCCUGCUUUCUUUGACCAAUGGUAUUGACGAUGCUUUUACAUUAUCUGAAACGUGACUUGCCAGGAGAGAACCAUCCUUCGUUGAGAUUCCUGAGGCAUUCUUUUAUUUUUGAAUGACCAGCAACAAAAUUAACGCCCACCGGAAGUGAAGCAUAGUUCCACUUGUCACGCUCGACUAAAAUUGUGUAGUUAUUGUCGAAAACAAAUUGAACUGUCUUGGACAAACUGUUACGUGGCUUCAAUGUUUCUUAACGAGGCAAGCGAUGUUUUAAUUGCAGCCUGACUCUGUUACGAUACGCUCUCAGACAACCAACGAAAUAUAAAGUAUGGCCCUGCAUGCAAAGUUCCGGUACCACUGUGACUCGCUAAAUAUAUAAUAAACAUUGUGUCACCUCGC